GCGCGUUGUGAGGUGAAUGUAUUGUAGGUUGAGUUUAAUUUUAAAGUUACGAAGCAUUGUCGUAUUUAUUCCGCAACCAUAAAUUAUUUGAAAAAUAUCGGACAAUGCGGCCGCCACCCGGCGUGUAUCAAGACCUAUACAGUGGGGUGGUGUUGGCGCAGUCACCCCUACACAUAGCUCCGCUCGGCUCGGGCGCAUCGCUCACGCCCGACAGCCUCGCUGCGCGCAGAUUCACAUUGGAGAUACCGCUCGAGCAGCAGAUACAAAUGCCGUUCAUAAGAAAUGAACUGCGGUGGGAAUCAACUGCUCUUUUGCCACGUGAAACGAGAUUCCCGAGGAGAGCCCGCAGCACUAGGAGUAUACACACAAGUGUGCAACAAUUGCCCCCGCUGUGGGAAGAGGCGGACAGAGACUACAACAUGUACAUGAGUGAUGAGCAGUUCCGACAACGCGUGGACACGCCGACAGAUGCGCUCAAUGAGCCGCUAGUAGUAGAAAUAGAAUCUCACCGUUCAUCGAUUGCGAGUGUGCCCUCAACGCAGACAACACAGGGGACCAAUUUUAAUUUGACUGACAGUAUUGAUAUAGAAGUUGACCAAAAGUAUUUGAAUGAUCAUAAUUUAGAUUCGGAUAAAUCUGACAAUUUGAAAGAGGUCAUCGCGAUCAUGUCGAGUGAAUCGGAUCCGGAGGAUGAUAACAUAAGUUUACCAGUGAAUUCGUUGCGAAUGCUGUCGGUGCCGACGAUGCUGCCGCCGGCUACCGCCGCCGCCAAGAGGCUGGCGAGCAUGAUAAUAAGACACGCCCGCUUUAAUAAAAUACCGAAUGAGCAAGAAAUGUGCUGCUCUGAUUGCGGGCUCAUACCCAUUCUUCCCGUAACCGGACAAUGCGGCCACACGCGAUGCACUAAGUGCAUCAAAGAUAAAGGCGCGUGUUCCUGUGGAGCGCCGGAACCGGCGAGUUUACAUGUCAACACUUUAGUACAAGAUAUUAUUACAAAGAUGGUUGUCCAUUGCCCCGUUUCCAGGAGAAAAGUACAUCCUGUUCGAUGGGAGUGGUUGCAGAGACUGACAGCUUCCGAGUCUGUGCCACCAGUGACCCUGCAACGGGCGUCGAGGUGCAAUUCUAAGUUGUACCGUCGCUUCGCACGCUCCUCGGCGGAACAGCCGGGGGAAGUGAGUCGAGACGCGGCCGACGCCACGCACACCGCUCCCAUGUCGAUGCAGGUUCGCUACGAAAUGGGCCGUAAGCUCAUCACACUGGGACGUUAUUCCGAUGCGGCGCCGUACUUGGCGCACGUGGGCGCCUCCACGGAACCAACGGCGAGUAAAGCGCGCAUAUUACUUGCACAGAUCAUUACGGUAAUGAGUGGUAACAGAGAGUCCAGGCGGCUGACGCGCGAGCUGUACCGCGGGGUGCGCGACCACGCCGCCACCGCUUGGCUGAAGGCGACCGAUCUCGAGUGCAUCCUGUGCUGCAACACGUUCACGGAGCCUGUCACCACGCCCUGUGGACACACCUACUGUCGGACCUGCAUUGAACGCUUACUGGACUACAGGAAGAAGUGUGCACUCUGCCUCCGGUCACUGGACAACUUUAACUUGGCUAUGACGGGAGUGACGACUUUUAUCUCCGCCGCGCUGACUUCCAUCGACGCGUUGAGAUCACAGCAGCCGCUCGACACUGACGUCAUUCCGAUAUUCGUAUGCACCGUCGCUUAUCCAUCUAUCCCCUGCCCGCUAUUUAUAUUCGACCCGCGGUACUGGCUGAUGGUGCGGCGCGUUCUCGCGUCCGACUCGCGCCAAUUCGGCAUGGUCGCGUACGAAAGGGACCGCACCUAUUCUAAUUACGGCACGAUACUGAAAGUGUGCGACUGCGUGUAUUUGGAAGAUGGCCGCUCCAUACUGUCCACCGUCGGCAUGUCCAGGUUCAGAGUGAUCGAACGGGAAGUCAGAGAUGGGUGUGAUGUCGCGCGUGUCGAACCGCUUGCCGACAUCGUCCCGAACGAUCGCCUUAUGAUAUGGGAGCUUCAAGUCACCGGUGCGCAGAUCUGCUACAAGGCGCUAAUAUGGCUGCACACCAUGAGCAAGUCCAUAUACUCCGAGAUCCAGUCCACCUUCGGCGAGAUUCCCAAGAUGGAUUGCCUGAACAGCAAAUGGUGGGAGACGGCUGACGGACCCACAUGGAUGUGGUGGCUCAUCGCUAUACUGCCGCUCAAGUCUGAGAUAAAGAUAUUAAUCUUAUCCACACAAAAUCUGCUAAAGCGAAUGACCGCAGUAUACCGCACUUUAGAGGCAAUAGACCGAAUAUCAAUGACGUCGGCCACCAAUGAAGAACUCACGGAAGCCCUCAACACGGCACAGGAGUGGCUACUGCGCGGCUCUUGAAUUUAUUUUUUAAGUUAAUUGCUGUCUAUCGGCUAAGUGCGGCUGAUUGAGGUCCGUAAAGCGAACCGUAUUAACCGUAUUAUGUUAACCCGAAAGUAUGUGUUCUAUCAAUCAGCUGUAAUUUUUGCCGCGCUUCAGCCGAAUAGAUGCAGAAAAUAAGUCUCUCGGAUGUGAGAAUAAGUUAAAAUUUGUAAUGGUAUUGUAAUUGUUGUUAGUGUUUAUUAAUGUUUGAGCCCUGACGUGUAGAUUUCGAUAGUUGCGUAUUAAUAUAGAACUAAUAUAAGAAACAAAGGGAACUAAAAGGUAGCGGAAUUUAAGUGUCUAUCGGUAUUCAAUACUGGAGAUAAAUUAGUGUAAUAAAUUCUGUUUAAACUUACCACCUUACCUAUAAACGUUGUAACCCAUCUUUUGGCACUUUAUAAAAAUGAAUGUUUACUGGUAAGGCCCUUAUUUAGUAUUGUCGAAAAUGUCGUCUAGAGUCGACGACUCGUCGCGCGACAUUUCCUAAUAUUGUGUAUGUACUCUACCGCCGCGACUGGAAUAUGUCUUCGAUAAAUUGCAGGGUUCUUAUUGUGAUCUAAGCUCUUACUGUCUUUUCUAUUACUCUCUUAACUCUCAGUAGUGUGUGUUAGUAAACGUUUAGAUGUUACCUGGUCUAUUUUUCUUACGAGGAUAACUUUGUUUUGGUUUAUGUAAUGUUGUAAACGUCAUGGGAGCCCAGUAACUGACGGCCCAAUGGUUAAUGUAAUCCUUAUUAUAUAUAAACUUUUUGUAUUGUCUAUGGCUUCGUAAGACUGUUCUAUACUUUUUAACUGAUUAUAAUUUCUACAAACUGGUAAGUUACGUUGCAUUUAAAGCUAGAAUUUAAUGUUUGAGUUGAUAUCGAUGUAAAAAAAAAUAUGUGAUUACUAAGUGCACCUUUAUAUACUUGGUAUAUUUUUUCUAUCGUGAUUAGAUAUAAAUGUAUAGAAUAACUAGCAUUUAAACAUUAUUUAUUUGUAUACAAUAUGGUGUAGAGACGUGUAGAUUUUCGAGUGUUGCAGUAAGCUAGAGUAUAUACGAGUUAUUUAUAAAGUGAGAUGUCAUUAGCGUGCGCAAACGUUGCUGCGUGUAGGCAUUGUGCUGCACCGCCUUGGCAAUCUUCUCCUAACGAUAACUUACAAAACCUGGCACUAAAAUCUUCCCCUGGUGUUAUAUUUGUUGAUACAUUUACUGUACCGCUACAACUGUUCUUACAGUGUAUGCACAAUAUAUAGUUGAAAAUUGCCAAGGCUGUAACGUUUCGCGUGCAAAGCUCGGUUAAUAUUAGUCGUUGGUCGUCGUACGAGGCAAACAAUGCGAUCUCAUCAGCAAAGUUACUAUAAUUAUGAAUAACAUUCAUUAUCAGUGUCGGUUACAAUAUACCGUAGUUAAUAUUCAAAGAUAACAGUUGUGUUAGUAAACAAACAUUUACAUUUUCACGAUAAGUUAUUAUUAAACUAUGCCGCCUCAUAAUAUUUAGUGAAAAUUUAAUUCUAUAACAGAUUUUUCAUAUUUUUAUUAUAUUUUUUUUUACAAAAUUUAAAAAUAUAACACUUUACAUCCUAAAAGGGAACUUCUUCUAAAUUCUAUUUAUAUACAUGGAAAUUACAAACAAAUAAAACUAGGAAAUAAGCAGCAAAUUGCCGCUCCUUAGAUUUUGGUGAUUCAGCGUAGCUAUUCGAAAUUUAUUUACAUUAAUUAUUUAGCUUUCAUUAAAAUAAUAUAUUCCAUUUAUUUUCAGUAGCCCCGCUUAGUACUUACUACUUACGCACCAUUCCGCUUUACUACAGAAUACAAAUAAUAUGUAAUUAUGAUCUCUGCAUAAAAUGAGUUUUGUCUUACUAAUCACUGCUAAGAUUUAAGAUUUUCAAUCCAGGCUUCCUAAAGAUCGGCUUCAUUUACCAUAUUAAUAAAUAUCAAUACGAACAUGAAAAAAAAAUCUUAUACCGGGUGUUCCAGAAGGUGACAAUAAAACGGCAUUACGGGAAAGACCUAGAUAUAACUGCACGAAUAAAAAAUAAAUUAGUGCUCUACGUAUGAUACCUAAAAUCUAUACAUUCAACAGCACUUUUUAGUACCUAAACCUCACCUUCUGGGACAAGUGUGAUAAGUAUCACAAAACAAGUUGUUAAUGUGUAGACACCAAAAUCAAUAUAUUUGAUGCGAAUUGGAGGCCGUCAUAUGUUAGUCGUUAAGGUACAGGGAAGUUGCUAUAGAAAAUUGACGGCUAAAAAUACUACUAGGAGAAUUUAAGCAUUACAGGGCAAUGCGUGAAUGAUCUGUAACAAGCAGGAAGCCAAAGACUAUUUUUUACGUCGAACAGACAUUUCUGUACAAUAGAAAAAACCUGCCCAGUGCGAGUCGGACUCGCGCUCAAAGGUUCUGUACAACCCUGUAGGUAUAUAAGUAAAAGUUCACCCAUCACGACAAUCUAGUCAUAGUUAUGAUAUUUUUAUUUCAAAAUGAAAUCCAUAACAUUACAAUAUGGAAAGCUGGAGGAGCAUAAAUUAAAGAUAAAAGUCUAUAAAAAUAAGGUUUUCGGAAUUUUUCCUUUAUUGUGAUAAAAAUUGCAAUAAAAAUAACAUAACUAUGACUCGAUUGUCGUGAUGGGUGAACUUUAACUUAUAUACCUACAUGUUUGAAGGGAACCCUCGGUGCGCGAGUCCGACUCGCACUUGGCCGGUUAUUCCUUUUGAGGUAUGGAACCCUAAAAAAUCAAAGUAAUUUCGCUGUACGUGGUUUCCGAGUUUACAUAGUAAAUAUAAAAAUGAAGCCGCCGUUUAUUAAUACAUGUCUGUUUUGGUUACCCUACGUGUUAUAAGUUUUGCUGUGAUUAAUUAUAUGUACGUAAAAGUGCAGUAUUAUAAUGAUUCAAUAAUAUAAUAUUUUAUUGUGAGCUAUUAGUCAUUGAUGUCACGUGAUAGCCAUUUCAUCAUAAUUCUCGGCUCCUAAGAACCUCGAAUAUUAAGUGUUCUAACCAACGGCAGGUAAAAAUAUGAAACAAGUGACAAUAAAUGCACUAUUUAUCUACUAAACAAAUCCACGCGAUGGUCAUUCGAAUUAAUAUUUGGCACUUUAAAAUUAUAAUCACACUGAAUUCACAUUUCUAUCUAUUUUGUAUUUUUAAAUUAAUAACCAAUCAACAUAAUACUGUGUUAGUUAAUGAAAUAUUAAUUAAACAAUUUAAAUUUUUCAAAACGUAUGGCUAAUAUUUUUAUUAUGAUAAAACUAAAACUAUUAACCAGUCGCUUUGUACAAUAUGAACUAGCUUUUCGCCAUAGUCUUUAUUUGAGUAAAGAUGUGUGUUGGAUCGACUAAGUAUCAUUCAUUAAUUAAAUAAAAAUACUUACAUCUCAAGAUCCAACAUAGUUGAUAUCUACCCCGCAUAUAUGUAUUCUGAAAUUGGGGACCAUUAUCAAGAUCAAGACUACUGUAUACUAAACUAUAUUACUUUUAAAUUAAGUUGCAUUUUUCAAGGUCGGCAAGUGCAAUGUUACAAAUAGUGUUUUAAAUUUUAAUACCUAGACAUCUGUUUUUUUAGUUACGUAAUCCUCACUAUACUGUAACUUGUGCCGCGCCCAUAACUCUGGAGAUAUGUCGAAAGCUAGUUAUAAAGAAUAUUAUUAAUAAAAGACUUGAAAGUAA